AUGAACAAAGAUAUUGACUUUCUUCCAGCUAAUGGAACUGGAACUGGAGGCAAAGUUGAAAUAUCUCAACAAUAUAUUACACAAUUACUUUUAGAAAAUCAAGAUAUCCCAAUUAAAAUCGUCAACGUCGAAACUGUCCCAACUACAACAAAAAAUUGCAUUAAUGAUAAAACCUUCGAAACAUUUUGUAAUGGUACACUAUAUAAAUGUGAAAAACUAUCUGAUUUACAAAAACAGAGUAAUUACUUGAUUACACGUUUACAUCAAUCUAAUUUAAUAAGUGCAAUAAUACCGAUUUUUGAAACAGAAAAAUCUAAAGAAAAUCCUCAUGAACUAAAAGUUCCCUUACCAAUUACAGUAACAUUUAGGUAUCAACCUAAGUCUCAUUUUACUGCAAAGACAGGAACAAAUAUUACCAAUUCUGGUCAAGGUGACGCAUAUUUGACAUUUCAAAAACGUAACUUGUUAGGAUUAGACGAAACCAUAACCUUAGACCAUAGAAGAGAUACCGGAACAAAUGCUGGUUCUAAUGUUUCAAUGAUGUUUCCAUACAUUCUACGAAAUAAUGCUUUUUUAACUGGGAAAAUUGACGUCUUUGAUAUGACUAAAUUUUUAGGAGUCAAAGAUCAAGGUAUUUCAUUUACCGGAAAUACAUGUUAUAUUGGAGGUUGGAACCAUAGUUUAACUUUCGAAGCAUUGAAAAGGCAGUUCCAUUAUCCAGAUUAUGUUGAAUCCAGAAAGAAUAAGAACAAUUGGGUCUCAGAACAACUAUUAAUUCAAGAAGGUGAUUUCUUUAAAAAUAAUUUAAAAUUAACAUCUGUAUUAGAUGAAAGAAACAGUACUAUUGCCCCAAGUAAAGGUUAUUUGUUGAAAUUUACUAAUGAACUAUCAAUGAAGUUCCAGAAUUUUCAAUUCUGGAAAACAGGUAUGGAAUUCAACUGGGUUAAAAGUUGGUUUAAGAAUGAUUUUAUCACUUUCAGUAAUACUGUAAAAUUUGGCUAUAUUAGGAAUUUAAACCCAGAAGAGUCAUAUAUUCAUUUCAUUGAUAAAUUUCAAAAUGGUGGACCUAAUGAUGUUAGGAGUUUUUCGCCGAUGGGCUUGGGUCCAAGGAAACUAGGUCACUCUUUAGGCGGUGAUGCUUUUGUAGCUUAUGGUGCAAGUGUAUUUUCACGUCUACCAAUAAGUAUUCUGGCAAAUUCAGGGUUCAGAUUACAUGGGUUUAUUAAUGGUGGAAAAUUAAUUAAUCAUAACAACACUCAAUUUCAAGAUACAAUAAGGCAACUAGGUCAAGAACAUUCUACAUCUAUUGGUAUUGGUUUAGUACUAAGACACCCAAUGGCUCGGUUCGAAUUGAAUUUUGCUGUACCAUUAACUACACACGAAGAUGAUUUAACAAGAAAAGGGUUCCAAUUUGGUCUUGGGUUUGAAUUCUUAUAA